CCGGUAGUAUAGGGUGAGAACGCGUGUUUAUUACCCUGUACUUCCGGUUGUGCAUUCCAAUGAAUUCUGGUACCGCCUUCCAAUGAAUUUUCCAAGUGUUUUUGACAGUUCGCAACAACAACAAAUAUUUGACGUUUAUUCGCAGCGGAUAAGAAAAAUACUGAUUGGCUCAAUAAAUAGUAAUUUUAGAUAAAUCAACAUUUUAGCAUUAAUUUGGUGUUUGAUUAAUUGAUUAAAACAUCACACUUUACCUUAUUAAGUGUAAAGUUUAAGUUGGAUACUUCAAAUAUCUGUAGCACUCUUGGAAAACAUUAUUCCGUUUAAGUGAAAGUGUCGGAGGGGCGUAGGUGCAUGUGUGCGUUUGAUGGAAGAGUAGGCACUUUGAUCGAGUGAAAAGUGGCAAUCAUUUCUUCUUUUAAAAAACUCCACAUAUAAAAGUUUUAUUUGCAGUAAAUGUGGUUUAAAUACUGUAGUUACUGUCAUAUACGUGCAUAAUCCAUCAGUUCCGCACCUCUUCCACCACAUGACCACGUCAUACAAAUGUUUUCGGUUGCGCAAAGAACUCCAAUAAAUAAAGGAUAAAUGCGGGCGAAUGUCGGUCUAAUAUUGUCGCAUGAGGCUGGCGAAACCAUUAUGUCCCGGCCAGACUACGAGCAAAAUGUGCUACAUCAUGGUUCUUUGUUGGUGCUGCUGCGUGGCGUAGGACCAUCUAAGCCACGUUCGCUUCAGAAAGCGUUUGAUAAGGUGCGCCGCGUCAGCAAUGUAAAAAUUAAUGACUCCACAGGCGCUACCCGUGAUAUUUGGGUUCGCUACAUACACGAUCAUCCCGUAGAGAACAACGACUGGGGCGAUUUCCAAACUCAUCGUCGUCUUAUAGGUUUAAUAACUAUUGGUAAAUUCGAAAGCCAAACUGAGUUAAAUGAGCUUUGUAGACAACAUGAAUCGUUGAAAGUCCGCUACAGUGGUACACUGUAUGACUCACGUGCAAUAUUCUUUGGACCAUCGCCAGCCAACCAUGUUGAUAAAGUGAAUUCAGCUGGUGAAGACCACCAAGGUGAAGAUACUACCGCUCCACGAGUCAAUGAUAACGUCAAUGUCAACUGUAAUGUAGAUAAACAUUGCAUGCGAUUGCAAGAUGAAUAUACGACGCCAUCGAAUUUUAAGGCGCAAGCGUUUUUCUACCGUGAACAGGAUUCUUGUGGCGAUUUAGAGCCGCAUAUUGCUGAGUUCGUACAUGCACUUUUUUGGGUUCUGGAAGCGAAACGUUUAGAUAGAUCGCGGGAAAAGGUAGAAAAAGUAAGCUUAUUGCUUGCACCAAAAGAGAAGCGAGACUUUGUCGGAAUCGACAUGGAAUCGCGCAGCAAUCGUAAACGCUGUGUCGGCAGAGUUACCAAAAAUUUGGCUGACUUAUCGCUGCAAGCUGGACUCGUAGAGGAUGCAUUAAGCCUUUAUCAUAGUGCUUGCGAAACUUUGCGUGCCAUUGGUGAUGCGUUGUGGGUAGCUGCUUGCGAAGAAGGAUUGUGUUCAGCAUCGGCGAUACUCCUGUAUCCACAUUUGCGAGAAAAUGAGCCACUUCAUCGGAACUCUUCUCUGCAGGAUGGCGCUUCGCCUUUGCGUGCCACGCCGGAAAAAUGGCGGGCUAGUGAUAUGACUGUAAAAGUGAAUACGCCCGAGCAACAACAUAACUCGUACGCUGAUGCUCACGCCGGCACUCCAACAGUACAGAUGACAUCCGCAUCCUCAUCGUGUUCUUCAGUAUCUUCCAUUCUAACGAAUUCAUCGACAUCCGGUACGCCGACAUCAUCUUCUACGUCGACCAUAUCGGUAGCACAGCAUGGCACUCGUACAACGGAAUUACCGGGCAACAUAUUGAAGCCAGAUGAACUGCCUGGCUGCUAUAGACGUGCAAUUAUUAAUUAUAGUAAAUACGGACAUGCCGCAGUCAUAGAGACGGAGGCGGCGUUUAAGGCAGCUCGAAUUUGUAUAGAACAAAAUCGGCCGCUAGAUGUUGCCAUGUUUUUGCAAAAUAUACUCUACCUAAAUGUACGCAUGAGCGAACCCGAUCGUGUGAAGCGCUUCGAAGUGAUUACCGAUCUAUAUCACCAAAUCGGCUAUCGACGCAAGGCUGCCUUCUUUCAGCGUCUAGCAGCGCUCAAAUAUGUACAACAAGGCAACCCGAAUCCCGAUUGGUCGCAGACAUACCGUCUAAUGUUGGAAAGUUUUUCCGGUUACUUACUUGCCCUUGACCCCAUGGAGGUGAUCGAUAAUGCUGCAGGUUGGCCAGCGCUACAAAUAGAUCUGUUGCAAGGUGUUAUCGCAGCAGCUCGACGUUUGGGGCAAUCAGCGUUGGCCACGCGGCACAUGACUUUUUUGUUACAAACGCAAUGGGCGCACAUGACACCAACGGAGCAGAGUGAUAUGUGUGUGCAAUUACAAAAUUUAAGUGCGCAAUGUGAAGGUUCACCAGUGCCUUUGGUGCUAGAAAACGGCACUGUUAUACCGCCAGCAAAUCUAACGGAUUUGCCGUAUUGCAUGGACCUGGUUGUUCGGGAUUUGCCGGCGCAUUUACGUCCGCAGAGAAUCAAAAUCGUGAAAGCAGACAGUGGACCUUUCCUAUUCACGCCGAUACACCUGAACUCAAUAGAUAGGCGUGAAAAGAAACGAGAAAAGAAUAAAAUUGCCUUCUUCUGGGUACAAAACAAUCUGAGUGAAGUAACUUUACGCCUACGCAAUCCUCUACCAUUCGAGUUGACUGUCAGCGACAUGCGUCUACUUACCAAUGGGAUCGUAUUUGAGUCGCUGCCACAAACCGUAAUUUUGCAACCACACGUCCCAACAACUGUCACUUUGCACGGCACACCUAUCGAGGUGGGACAAUUGGAGGUGCAAGGAUACAGCACACAUGCGCUCGGAGUCAAAUCCAAUUGUCGUUUGAAAAAUAUGCGCGGUCGCAAAUUUCCACCCAACUACUUAAUAGAUGUGAUACCAGCGCUACCACGCAUUUCUGUCAAGACGUCGUUGCCCCAAACGGCAACCUUUAGUCAGCUGGCUAGCUCGGACAUUGUCAUUACAUCUGCCAGCUUAACACUAUACAAUGGCGAAUCAUCAUCUUGCAUCAUAACCAUCACCAAUGAGAGCCCACUGCCAGUGGAACAUUUGGAGUUAAGUUUUAGCUCGAAUGUAGAACAGGAGGUGCAAAAAAAAAUCUUCAAAAUCGAUGAAAAAGAGUUGCAGUUGAAACUUCCAAUUCAACCCAACAGCUCAAUUGAUUUUAUGGUGCAUAUUUAUGGCGAAGCUGAAUUUGUAUGUCCUAUAGUUAGUCAGCGUGCUGGUUCGGUGCAUUCUAACAGUACAGUAACGGCUGCAUUGCAAGCAGAUUAUGCUGGUGCUGCUACCAUUAGUGGUGGUCCACAUUCUUUGCAGUACUCAACGCUCUCAUCAUCAGGUCACGCAAGUUUGCCGUCGCGCGUUGGUUCGCCUAAUCAACAACUACAACAACAAUCGGCAUACAGUAGACGUAAUGAUCCUAAUAAUUUGAGUUUUCGUUCAUCAACAUCAGGUGGCACCACAACGGGUGGCACGCCUUCAUUAGCGGCGCUUAGCUUGCCAGCGGCUGGUGCACAAGGUGCUCAAGGCUACGGGCAGCAUGUUGAAGCGCAGUUUCGGAUAAAAUAUUCGGGUGGCGAGGGCAUGCAGGAGGGCUACUGCCGUCAAUGUGCAAUAUCUUUUAAUCUGGAGCUGCUGCCAAGUGCACAGAUAACGAGCUGGGAUGUGUUGCCUGCAGAAAUUCCCUCGCAAUUUUAUUUGGUGUUAGAUGUAUCCAAUUUAACUGCUCAAGAAAUGUCACUCAACUAUACUAACAAUAAAAGUAUACUGAUCGAGGCCAAAGAGAGUUGCCGGGUGCCCAUACCAGUCGAUCGUUGCUCACUCGAGCAGGUGGUAGCCGCGCGCGAAGCAGAGUACGCCGAGAAUAUGGAAAAAGAAAACAAAUCUGGUAUUUAUUCUCCAGACCUUUGUUACCGCACACAAUUGCUCUCGUUUAGCGACAGUAUUAGUAAACUAUGUUCGGAGCACAUAGCAGAGCGCGUUAAAAUAAGUUGGCUGCUCACCGGCACCGAUAUACAGGGUAUAGCGUCGUUGCACGGCAUCGUACUCACACCUGCAAUGAUUGAUUUGACAACCGUAUCGCCGCUGCAGUGGACGGUCUCCUUUCAAAAUACUCCCGUCCAACCACAAUCGGAAAUCGUAUGCGCUGCUGGCCAAAGCGCUGUGCUCAAUGUAAGUGUUUCCAAUCAGUCGGCGCAACCGUUGCGUAAUCUCGUGCUCACCAUUAAAUUCUAUCAAGACUACCUGAAUGGCAUGGAAAAUUAUAAUUUAGAUACACGCGUUGCCAUAUCCGGUCCGAAUAGAGUUUCAAUACCGCUUCUCCAAAAACACGCACAAAUUCAACACGAAUGCACAUUGAUUUUCUUUACGCCUGGACGCUUUAAAGCAAGCAUACAAUGCUGCUCGAAGCCACAACCCAAAGUAGGACAACCAGCUGGUGGCAUUGCCCAAGCGCUAGAUUGCAGCGCACCCGCUUUGCAAAUUAGCGACAUCGUAGGCAGCACGUCCAGCUAUCAUGAACAACAGGAGCAUGUAUGGAAAUUUAUACCGCCCAUUGAGGUUACUGUAAUCGAGCAAUAAUGCAACUUAUACUUAGUUAUAAGUUUUCAUAUGCGAGGGUUGUGUCCAAUACAUUGCUGAUGCGUUGUUUGUUGGCUUUGUGCGCUGGCUGAUGCGAAACAAGCAUAAAGCUUUCGCAUUUACGCGCAAACACCACUGAAAUUAGUACUAUUUCAUUGUUUUGCCUUAAAAGCGAUAUUGUUAAAUACCGAUUGCAGUUCAUUUCCAUUUGUUUUACUUCGUUUUCAAUUAACAAUUAAGUGUGCUCGAUUCCGUAUAGCAAUGCAGUUUUUAUUAAGUUUUAGUUUGUUUAGUUAGUUGGGAUUGAAUUUUGAGGGGCUGUGUGAUUGGUCAAAAGGUUGCGAAAAGAUGAUAUACAUAUGUACAGCGAUUGUUUUUCACUUGUGUUUGCCGCAUAAAAUACAACGAAACGUGGUUAUGCAUUCCCACGACAGUCGGGUCUACGUAACCGGAACGACCCAGAUUUAUAUCUGGCCAAGGACUGUCACUCCAGCAACACUCUCCAAAAACCCUUUGGGGAACUUGUAUGCUGCUACAACAACAACAUGCAUUAUUUUAUUAAAGUGUUUAUGAUGAAUUAGAAAAAAUCGUGUAUUGCUUUGUGGAGCGAUUUAGCGAAAGAAUUGGUUAUACUAUAAAAAAUUAUACGUUUCAUGUUCCAGAAUUAAGCUAAAAUGUUUUAAAUUGAAAUCUGUUUCUCAAUUGUUUCAAGUCUCCCAACCAAUCGCAUAGCUAAUUUCCUCUGAAAAAUGUAAUUGAACAUAAAUUGUUUACAUACAUAAUAACUUCGUUUGUAUAUACAUAAAUAUGCAAAAAUGUUUACCAUUUAAAUCGUAAAUAAUUAUCUUAACUUAACAAAGUAGUUAUGUUACAGUAAUGAAUCAAUGUGUUGUUUUCUUUCUUUUUUUUACCCAAUAAUGCACAUAAAUUCUUCUGUGAUUUGCUGAUGACUACAGCACCAUUCCAGACGAGUUUGAUGUGCUCGUGUUACAUUAAAAAAAAUAUCUGAUUAUACUAUUACUGCUUGCUAUUAUUUUGGUCUACAUAUCGUCACCAGCUGAAAUGCAAAAAGCCGUAACUAACAUUUUUUUUUUUAUAUAUAAAACGAUGUGGGGACUUGUAAUUCGUUGAAAUGCAUCAAUUAAGUCAAAAAAUUUGGAUUUUUUGUUAGUUACAGCUUUCCACAUUUCAAGGACCAUAUUUAUGUAAUACUAAAAAUUUAUAUCAACGCUAUCUGUAUGUAUGUACAUACGUAUGCAUGUACUUGAAAUGCGUAAACUGACUUAUGUACUUAUAUAUGUAUGCACAUACAUACAUCUUUUGCUGCGAGAUGCAUUAACAAAUUCUAAGAGCAAUUGUUACUACAGGCAUAAAGUUAAUAAAAAAAAAAAUAAAAAAAAUAUAUACAUAUGUAAAUUGAAAAUAUAUAUUUGCAUAUAUAUGCAUAAAUGCAGAGAUUUUUAAGCGAACCUUAUCUACUCGUAUGUGUAUUUAAUAUAAAGGAAAAUACUUUAAAGUAUAUCUA